AUGGAUAGAAGUUGGAUGUAUCAAAGACGAACUCAACGUGGUGAUCUUAAUCAAGUUUUUAUCGAAGGAUUAGAAACAUUUAUUGAGUUUGCAUGUAGUCAGCCGAAUUUCAUGGAUGGAACUAAAAUUCGAUGUCCAUGUAAAAGAUGUCGUCACAUCUCAUUUGAAGAAGCUGAGAGUGUGAGAUUUCACUUGUGCAAAUUUGGUUUUGUGCCAAAUUACUUUGAGUGGAAUAGACAUGGAGAAAUGUCUCACAAUCAAACUUCAAUGGAGUUUGAUGCAAAUUGGAGUUUAAAUGAGCAAAAUGAACCGUUGGAAUCAUAUCAGCAGAUGGUUUAUGAUGUUGCUAGUCCAAAUCUCAUAGCAAGGAAUAUGCGUGAGGAGCCAAAUGUAGAAGAUAAAAAAUUCUUCGACAUGUUAGAUGCUGCUGAUAGACAAUUAUGGUCUGGUUGUGAAAAGUUGACACAAUUAUCUGCUGUGGCUCGAUUGCUAAACAUAAAGACAGAAUAUCGUCUGCCAGAGCAAUGCUUUGAUGCAUUCUGUCAAUUGUUUAAGGAUGGUUUACCUGAAGACAAUAACAUGGUUGAUAGUUUUUACCAGACAAAGAAACUAAUACAAGGGCUUGGGCUACCAGUGGAGAAAAUUGAUUGUUGUAGGUUGGGGUGCAUGUUGUAUUGGGGUGAUGAUAAAGAGUUAACCCAAUGCAAAUUGUGUCAGCAACCAAGGUACAAAAAAUCAAGUCGUUCAUCUAACCAAUCACUUGUCUCUUACAAGAAAAUGUAUUACUUGCCAUUAGCUCCAAGACUUAAGAGACUUUAUGCUUCAAAAACAACAGCUGCUUCUAUGAGAUGGCACAAUGAGGAUCAUGGCCACGAUUCUGGAGUUAUGUGUCAUCCUUCUGAUUCGGAAGCUUGGAAGCAUUUUAAUACAACACAUCCAUCAUUUGCAUUAGAAAGCCGUAAUGUUAGGUUGGGUUUAUGCACAGAUGGAUUUCAACCAUUUGGACAGUCAGGACAACAAUAUUCUUGUUGUCCUAUCAUCAUUACACCAUAUAAUUUGCCUCCAUCCAUGUGUAUGAAAGAGCCAUAUAUGUUUCUGACUGCAAUAGUGCCUGGACCCAACAACCCUAAGAACAAACUCGAUGUUUUCCUACAACCUGUUAUUGCUGAACUGAAACAAUUAUGGGAAGAAGGUGUGCUAACUUAUGAUGUCUCUUUGCAACAAAAUUUUCAAAUGAGAGCUGCUUUGAUGUGGACAAUUAGUGAUUUCCCAGCGUAUGCUAUGUUAUCAGGUUGGGGAACAGCAGGAAAACUAGCAUGUCCGUAUUGUAGGGAACAUUCACAAGCAUUUCGGCUUCCUAAUGGUGGAAAAAUGUCAUGGUUUGACAAUCAUAGGAAAUUUCUUCCACUUAAUCAUCCAUUUCGCUUGAACAAAAGAAGAUUCACGAAAAAUCGUGUGGAAAUAGGUCAUCCUCCCCCGAUUAAGAAUGGCACAUAA